AUGUCCAGUCGCUCCCUUUCACUUAGCAAACGCUCGAUCACUGAGGUGGAACGCCUCUGGAUCGCGACCCAUAAGGGAUCAUCUUCGCCUUCUUUGCUCGCAUUGAUCCGAAUAUUCGUCGAAACUGCCAUCGGCUCCUUGGUGUAUCUAAUGGUUGGCACUCGACCUGAUAUCACGUUUGCGCUGGGCACGUUGAGUCGCUUCACGUCUCGACCGCAAUCACAUCACCAAGCCGCUCUUCAUCAAUUGCUUCGCUACAUCAAAGUCAUGCAAUCUCACCGCAUCAGCUAUCGUAGCGGGCAGGUGAUUGGGUACACUGAUGCGGACUCUCGUGGCUCCGUCGUCACGGACGGGGCCUACUCCACGUCUGGCUGCGUAUUUCAACUCGCCGGCACCCCGGUCUCCUGA